AUGGCCCCGUGCAGCCUCCUGCUCCUCGCGCUGCCCUGCCUGGUCGCGGCCACAGCCACAGCCACGGCCCCCGGCUGCAAGAUCCGCAUCACGGGCAAGGGGCUGGACCUGGUGAAGCAGGAAGGGCUGCGCUUCGUGGAGCAGGAGCUGGAGAACAUGAGCAUCCCCGACCUGCAGGGCAAGGAGGGCCAGUUCCACUACAACAUCAGCCAGGUGAAGGUGAUGGCGCUGCACCUGGCCCUCUCUGACCUGCACUUCCAGCCCCAGCAGCACAUCGCCUUCAGCAUCAACAACGCCUCCAUCAGCCUGCGCUUCCGCCGCCAGCUGCUCUACUGGUUCUUCUAUGACGUGGGCUCCAUCAAUGCCUCGGCGCUCGGUGUCUACGUCCACACUGCACUGAAGCUGUCCAAGGACAGGGCUGGGCGCCUCAAGAUCUCCAACAUCACCUGCAACGCCUCCAUCGCCCGCAUGCAGGCCGGCUUCUCGGGCACGCUCAGGAAGGUCUAUGAGUUUCUGGGUCUCUUCCUCACCACGGGGAUGCGCUUUGUCCUCAACCAGCAGAUCUGCCCAGCGCUGAACCAUGCGGGGCUGGUGCUGCUCAACUCGCUGCUGGACACGGUGCCAGUGAGGAACCCAGUGGACGAGCACGUCGGCAUCGACUACUCCCUCCUGAGCGACCCUAUCGUCACCUGGGACACGCUCGACAUGGACUUCAGGGGCAUGUUCUUCUACCAGAAAGCCGAGAACCAGACGCUGGUGAACAAGGGGGAACAGCCAGAGAUCAAGGAGACGGAGCGCAUGGUGUACGUGGCCUUCUCCGAGUACUUCUUCGACUCGGCCAUGUUCUCCUACUUCCAGGCGGGCGUGCUGACCAUGGAGUUCCAGGGGGACCAGGUGCCCAAGGACUUGGAGGUUUUGUUGAGAGCCACGUUCUUCGGCAGCAUCCUCAUGAUGAGCCCAGCCGUGGUGGACGCGCCACUGAGGAUGGUGCUGCAGGUGGUGAUGCCCCCACGCUGCACCAUCAGGCCCACGGGCACCGCUGUCUCCGUCAAUGCCGUGCUCAACAUCUCCCUGGUGCCCGCGGAGCAGCCUCCUGUGCAGCUGUCCAGCAUGAGCAUGGAAGCACGGCUGAGUGCCAAGGUGAUGCUGCGCCAGAAGGCCCUGCAGGUGCAGCUGGACUUGAGGAGGUUCCGCAUCUACUCCAAGCAGUCGGCGCUGGAGUCUCUGGCGCUGUUCUCACUGCAGACCCCACUGAAGACACUGCUGCAGCUGACCGUCAUGCCCAUCAUUAACAAGAGGACAAAGAAGGGGGUCCAGAUCCCACUGCCGGAGGGCAUGGACUUCACCAAGGAGGUGGUCGCCAACCACCUGGGCUAUAUCACAGUGGGCGCAGACCUGCACUUCUCCAAGGGGCUGCGGGAGGUGAUUGAGAAGUACCGCCCAGUCCAGCCCAGCAUACCCAGCCCCACGGCCUGAGGGGUGCAGCGCCCGCCUUGCCCGCCCCCGGCUCCCCCCGCUGCGCUGACUCACUAACACUGCGCCCAGCAGCUCCAGGCUGCCCUCGCCCUGGGUCCAGCUGUGCCCUCGCUCCACUCCCAGGUAAAGUGCCUGCCCGGCCAGUCUCAGGAGCCCGUCCUGGAGCAGCCCCGGGCCGGGCGAGCUGCAGGGCCUGGCGCCUGCUCUUACACUAAUAAAGAGGUCUCAACUCUG